AUGGCCAACAACAACCACAACCCCUCCAAAACACCCCCGCUUUUGCUCAUCCUUCCCUUGUUGGCCCUGGGCAUCUGCGGCACAAUGGUCAAUGGCUUCCAAACGGGAUAUUUCUCCAUUCUGACCGCUACCUCUGGCAACUUGGACGGUGUACCUUACGUGCCUGGUGGACCGGAAUCCUUUGACCCGCGUUAUACUGGCAACAAAGCGCUAGACACACGCAUGGGCAUCCUCAUCGGCUUUUUCAGCGGAUUGGUCAACGGAGAAAGAAACUGGGAUGUUGACCUGGCUUAUGUCUGGACAAUGGGGAUGUUUUUCUCUGGAUGGGCGCUGGUGAGUGUUGAGGCGCAUCGGAGGGCGAAUAGAGGGAGGGUUGUAAGCUGGACAAACACCUUUGGGAAUAUCAUCCAGAGUUUCACCUAUGCUUUGACUGUUCCGUCAUAUCUGAUUUUGCAUUUAUUUACCACGUCCCCAGCGACGGAUGAUAUUUCUGUUCCAGAAGGGGAAGUUCGACACUUGCCGUUGAGUAUGACAUUGGCAUAUAUCGUCCCAACCGUGAUCAUGUCAUUGCCUACGCCAUCGAUCAUCCCAGCAAAAUCACACUACGACACCACGGCUCUGUGGCAGGUUUUCCCCGUUUUGCAAUUUCUUAUUCACCGCGGCAUGAACUUUGUUUGCUUCCCUCCCAAGUACAACACGACAACGACACAGUAUGGGGUAGGGAAGUCACUCGCCAACCACUACCGCUUCGUCAUCUUCACUUCGGUUGUGGUCCAUCUCCCUAUCCUUUUGGUGUGUCUGACACCAUCUUCAAUGCCGUUCGGACCGGCUUGGCUGAGAGACAUGAUCACCCAGACGACCUUCAGCAACGUGUUUGUCCCAUAUGGUGUUUGGAACCCGCCUGCGGUGGAUCUGGCCAAGGUGGCUGCGCUGGGAGGGGAGAAUAAGGCUGAUUUGAGCUGGUUGCCGGGGUUGACGAAGCAUUUUUUGCAUUAUGAUAUUGGGUGUCCUAGUUUGGCGAUGGUGGUUUGGGCUGGGUACAACUACAUGGCUUCUGUGGUCAUGCGUAUAACCUCGGUUCGCACGCGGCGAUGGCUUUUACUCAGCGACCUCCACUUCAAGCAUCAAGACCUGGAUAGAGUACGGCAAACGGGGCGAUGGAUCGUUGCGGAGGCAGAGCGAAAUCAUGUCUCGCGGGUGGUGAUAUGCGGUGACCUCUUGACCAGCCGGACGAUGCAGCCCACACAUGUGCUUUCUGCCUGUUACCGUUUCAUCAGCCAUCUUAGCGACGUCGUGCCACGAGUACACAUCGUGCUUGGCAACCACGAUCUGGCCUAUCGACGCGAUUACGAGACCACAGCCCUUGAUGCCCUCAACAUCACACGCCUGGCGCCGUACCUAUCGGUACAUAGCGCCAUUACCCGUCAGAAAUGGGACGGUCGACACGUGUUGUUGUUGCCGUUUCGCGAGGAGCAGAGCGAACUGACAAAUGCUGUCGCUGCCCUGAGCCCCAAGGAUGCGAAAGAAACAGUUGCCUUUGCCCAUCUGGCAGUCAACAAAGCCAUCACUCAGCGGUAUGUGGUCAAUGCCGACCAGCAAGACGCCCGUGCGACGAAUUCGAUCACCUACCGCGGCCUUACUGGCCCUGAUCAGUUUGCCUCUCUGGCUCGAACAUUCACGGGCCACUUUCAUAGCCACCAGACCAUUACCCAGCAGAAAUCCACUAGCGGUGACAAGACAGAUCUUCGGGGGAGCAUUACAUAUCUCGGCUCGCCCUUGCAGCUGAACUGGGCCGACCUUUACGAUCAAGAGCGAGGCGUUGUUCUGCUUGAUCCGGAGACGCUCGAGCACAAACUUCUCACCAACCCGCAUGCCGUAGGCUAUACAGCAGUUGCCCUCGAGGAGAUUCUCAACGACCAGGUGGAUGAACGUUCCGUAAAGGACAGGCAUGUCAUGAUCCUCGGCAAGCUCACCCCUUCCAAGUACGCCACCGCUCGAGAUAAGCUUCUCUCGCUAGGGGUGCGUGGCGUACGAAAUUGGAUACCUACACACUUUAGCUUGCGCACAAGCGGCCUGGCGUCUGGUGGUCUGGGGUCAUCAGUCCCGGCGAGCGAUGUUACUGCACAACCUUUAGAACAGCCCACUCAGGAUGAGGCUCAUGAAGCUUCAACCACCGGGAGAGUUUCAGAGUCUAUCCCUCAAACUGAGCCUGAGUCCAGAAAGAUUGCUCUUGACCUCAUAGCCGAAGUUCAUGAGUAUGUCAAGUCUGUGGAUUUAGGGGAACCGCUUCUCAUGCGGCAAGACGAUUUGGUCCAGGUUGGCCAACAAAUGAUUCAAACCUCUUAUGAGAUGGCUGAACAGUAUGGCGAGGCCAAGCUUGAUUAUAAAGAGUUCCUAGCAAAGUCGUGUCAAGCUAUCUCCUCAAAUAUUACGCCCCCCAACCCAGCAGUACGAUCUGCCAGCGUCUUUGUUGCGGAACCUCGCAGCCUCACGAUUACAAACUUUCUUGGCGUAAAGAACACAAUUCAUAUCGACUUCCAACAAGAUCUCACACCGGGAUUGACCUUUCUGAUCGGCGAUAAUGGUUCAGGGAAGAGUACAAUAAUGGAAGCUAUGGUUUGGUGUCAAUUUGGUCGAUGUAUUCGUGGCGGGCUCGGGGUCAACGAUGUCGUCAAUGAUAACGUCGGUAAAGACUGCUGUGUCAAGCUGGAGUUUAACAACGGAUAUGCCAUCACUCGGUAUCGCAAACACAAAGUCCAGGGCAACCGUGUUGUCGUCUCCUCACAUGGAAAACCCCUUCCGCAGCUUGAGCACCCAGAUAUGCGCACGACACAAUCGGCAAUCAACGAACUGCUCGGAACUAACUACGAAACAUACAUCAGAACUGUUGUGCUGAGCGAAGAGAGCGCAGCGAGCUUCUUGUCCUCCACGCCAACGCAGCGGCGGAACGUGAUAGAGACGGCACUUGGGCUGUCUACUUUGGAUCAGUGUGAGGAGGUGCUGAAGCUGCUGCUGCGAGAUAUCGGUACCGACAUCAAGGAGGCCGAGAAAGGGCUCGAAGGUGUGGCUCGGACGGUGGAGUACACCGAAAGACGGCUUCAAGACCUCACUCACACACAUACACGACUUGAAGCGGAGGCAAGAAAGGAAGAUUCAGCUUUGGAGAGGGCCAUACAAGACCAUGCAGCCAAGGAACGACUUUUGAAGGAACACCAAACCCGAUUCAGAUAUGAAACCUCACAAAGUAUUGCAGAUUCCAGCCGCCAAAUUUUGGGGUCAGACAAAAGGGAUUUGGCCCUAGAGCUCAAUGUGGGCUUUCAUGCUCAUAUGUCUGGAUUGCAGACCCAAAUUCGCAUGGAAGAGGAGGCUUUGCAGCAGCUAAACGAGUCUUAUGCCAGGAUGAAGGAUGAGGUCCAGGUGCAACAUGAAAGGGUCUUGAAAUACAAGCAAAGCCAGGAAGCAAAAGAUGCUCAAGAAUGCGUACAUCCCCGUCGAAUGGAAUGGCUCGCCUUGUGGCUGGAAAUGCUUAAUGAGAAACUGAAAGCCCUCGCUGCGGCCCAGCCCAGUGGCCUACCCAAGCCUUUUCAUGGAAUGAGGACUUCUGUUGUCUCUUGGCUAUCCGCAGCUAUCGUUACAGUCAUGAGCUUACUCCGAAGGCCAACUCAUCACAAUAUCGCUCCAAGAGGUUCACUCAAUCAAGACGCGCAGAGUGCACCAAUCCACGACGCUGAGAAAACAACUACACAGAACCAUGAUCAAGAGCCAGCUCUCAAAAGUCUUCUUCAAGCUAUCAAUGAGAAAAGCUUGCGGUUACGCAGUUUGAAGCAUGAGAAAAAUAUCGCUGCCAACCAUGCCAGGAAGAUGGGCGAACUGCUGACGGGUGUCGUUCAAGCCCAGGAGGCGUGCGAUGCCUUGAGACAACAGCUGACGAUACACCAGCGUGAUGCUUCUACCUACAAGCGUCUGACCGAAGCAGAGGCCUCAUCCUUAGAUUCCUUACGCUCGGAGCAUGAGGCCCUGACAAACAAGCUCCAGGAGCUUGCCACCAAGCGCGAGCUAUUUGCCUUUUGGUCUGCCGCCUUGACCAAGCGUACAGCCCGGCUCUCAUCGUCCCCCUCCUCAUCAAAACCCACAGCGAAAAUCAGGGCCAAUUUUCGGGAGCAUAUCCUCAUCGCGCUGCUCUCGGAGCUCAACACUCUGCUCGCGCAGGUCCUUACCGUGCUGUACGAUGACACACGCCACGCGCACCUGGCAACAGGUAUGCUCGGCUCGUUAUUUGACUCUGCUGAGUCGGGCGACAGCACAUCCUCCCCGGGGUCCAUUCUUGACCAAAAACUCGCCCUCCCAUCCUCACUCGCCUACGCCAAGCGCUCCAGUGGUGAGCGUAAACGCGUCGAUCUGGCACUCUUCUUUGCAUUGUUGCAGUUGGCCAGGGCUAGAAGUGCGCAUCGGGCACACUAUCUGCUUGUUGACGAGGUCUUUGACAACCUAGACAAGGCAGGCCAGGCGGCGGUCGUCAGGUGGUGCGGCGUCAUGUCGCAGACUCAGAUGGUGGGUUGGAUCAUCGUGAUCACGCACAGCCAGUUUUUGAUCGAGCUGGAUCCUGGGGAGGACACUGCAAAGGUUCUAGUUGUGACGGCAAAGAUGGGGCGGGGAGGGGGGACGGAGUUGUCGAUCAACAAUGGACGUAGCAUUGGCGGAGGUUCUUCCGUGACCGGGUAA